AUGGCUCGUAAGUCUUUUUUGUUUGUUAUCUUUUGCUUUGAUGUUUAGAGCUCUGUCUUAACGUUGAGAUAAAGUUGUACCAGUUAUUGGAAAUUGAAGAACAUAUUAUAUUAGACUAGACACUGAAAUUCAAAAAAAAAUCGGAAAAUUCCAGAUCGCUCCGACCUCCCACUGCACGGAGUGUCGGCGGAGACAUGUGGAGUGGUCCUGGAUAACCCUUCCAAUGACAGCAGCAGCCCAAUCCUUCACAAGGUCAUGUGCAAUAACAAGAAAUUGUAUUACCUUCCUCGAACCGUUUUUGAUUCGAAUAUACGAACGCUGGACAGAAAGAAGAGAAACGACUGUUUGAGGAUGCAUGAGGAAGCGUUGGCAUUUGGAAAUAAUAUCAAAUUCAAGUACGAGAUCAGGGAUAACGUGCGAGUGAUUCAGAGUUUCGAAAAGGGCGGGGAUUUCUUCCAAGGAGAGGCUCGAGACGCCCAUAACUACUUGGCCUCUUUGUCCGUUUUCAGUCCGGACCUGACGGAGAUCAACAGCGAACAUUUUGGAUACAUCAAAGUGGACCCCAAGCUUUUGGUGAGCUUUUUAUUUUGUUUUCUCUGUUUUAGGCAUGGAUAAUAUGAAGUUGCGGUGUUUUUAUGCCCAAAACAUUCUAAAUUGAUUUCAGAGGAAACUCGCUAUUCUUCCCACGCCAAAUGUGGAGAUUAUGUGCUGGUACAAAUUCAUUAUAUUGGACAACACCGGAGUCCUGGGAGACAGGGCCGACGUUCAGUUCGAGUUGGCUGAAUUGUCGGAUAAUCAGGAAGAUAUCGACCUUGGCCGACUGGCUGUUUCAGCGGUAUGUGUUUUAUCUUGCAUUAUUGUUGGCUUUUAGAAAUGGAAUCAAGAGAAAGUGAUUGCACCCACUCGAUUCGACUAUGGAUUUGACGACGAUGAUGAGCCGGAAGUUGAAGCCAAGGAAGACGAAACGUUCAAGGUGGGAAAUUGACACUUUUUUAACCCUAUAAUGGACUGGACCUUUCAUUUUUUAUCUCAUGUUUUAUAUUAUCCUUAUGUGUAAUAUAAUUUUUGCUCUGAAUUGUUUUUUUUCAGAUUGAAAAGGACCGUGUAGGCCUUAUAACAGGUCUAAAUACCAUUUUCAUUCCCGACCUGCCUUGUGAUGCCGUCCUUUUCACUACGUAUCGCCCAUUUCCAAACACUUUUAUUGGCUGCAGAGUAACUUGUAACCUGGUUUGGUCGCAUGUUUGCAAGGCCUACUUUGCAGUCCGGCCUAAGAUCAGUACGGGAACGCUGUUUGACGCGAUUAUCUAUCAAUCCAGGAAGUUUGGAGUAUUCGCUUAUGUAAGUGCCAUGAAUUUUAUAACCUGGCAAGCGUUUUGCUUGAAAAAUUUGGGAAAUUCAUACCCCGUAGAAGUACUUUCCUUGCAAAAAAUUGCGGAAUAAUUCAGAAAUAUAAAGUUCAGUUUGAAACAUUCGUGCGCUCGGGCGACGAACACAAGAGCCAGUUCUACCAACACCCAUUCCUCGGCCUGAUCGCCGACCCCAACAAUGUGCUCGAUAUUGCGCCCAUCAAACACAAAAACGCGAACGAUCACAAGGUUUACAAAGUGAUGAUCAACGACUUCUACGGCCUCGAAAACGAAAUGACCCACAACCGCGUGGACGGCCGAAUCACACGACUGGACAUUGUCAAAUUUGUCGGCGAUCGUGAGCUGGAAGAUGAAAUUGAGGACUGCAAAAAGAGACAGCCCAAGUUGAUCAAUGUGAAGGGCGUCUUGAUCGAUUCCGCAACUGGCAGAGUGUAUUGUGAGGAAUACGCGCAUUGCGAGUUCUUCCUGGCCAAUACGAAUGACAUGCCGUAAGUGGAAGGUUACGGCAUGCGGGAAGGUCUUGGUAGAAGUGGGAAAUUUCUUUGGAUUAUAGGUUUUGGGGUACAUAUAUUUUUUGAGCUUUACUUUUUUCCUUAAGUAUGUACUGUAAAGUAGUAAUUUUUUGAUUUUUUUUCGUAUAUACUUGAUUUGGGGACUUUCGAUGGUGCUGAUUUCGAAAAUCUUAUACAUUUUUUUUCUGAUUUGAAAACAGCACCAUCAGGAAUUUUAGGUUGUCGAGGCCGCAAUUUUUUUUUUAUUUUUUUUUUCAAUCCGGAAACAAGGGUUUUCCUGGGUAAUCGAGUACUGAAAUUGUCCAAAAAUGAUUUUUUUGUUAUCCAAAUCUGACAAAGAUAACGUUAAAAAUUUUUUUUUAUUGUCAUGGAUAAUAUCGUGAAAAUUUUUGUUGUCAAAUUUAUGUUACAGUGACGGACCUGAUCCAGUGGCAAAAAACGUACCAUUUUGCGUCCGCAAAGUAUGAAAAAAUGUAGCAAAAUACCUCCCUCUCCAAGUGAAAAAACCUCGUUUUGAAGGGCUUCCCUCACAAAAAGAGCGAGCGCGCCCUUCAAAACGAAGUUUUUUCACUUGAGGAGGGAGGUAUUUUGCCACAUUUUUUGAUACUUCCUGGAUGCAAAAUGAUACGUUUUUGCCACUGGAUCAGGUCCGUCACUGUAACAUAAAUUUGACAAAAAGAAAUUUUCACGAUAUUAUCCAUGACAACAAAAAAAAUUUUACGUUAUUUUUGUCAGAUUUGGAUCACAAAAAGUUCGUUUUGGGGCCUUUUCAGUACUCGAUUACCCAAGAAGCCCCUUGUUUCCUGGUUAAAAAAAAUUUUAUUUGGAGAACGUAUAAGAGUAACACUGUUGCUCGGACAGUUGUUUAUCUUGAUUUUUACAGGAAUGGUGCCCUUAUCCACAUCGAAUUGGCGACCAGAACCAAAAAUGAGGUCAAACCGAAGCCAUAUUUUGAGAUCUCCAACUUUUCCAUCGCCCCGGCCAGCAAAGAAAUGCAAUAUGACCCGACGUCCAAGAGGUUCAUCUUCAAAGCCAUGUUCGACGACAAAUACAAGUGCUUUUACAGCAAUUACUUUGGAUUUGUCCCCCUCGAGUAUGGAGAAAUGUAAGAUUUUAUCGAAAUUUGCGCUCCUGUUUUGGCAAUUUGUAUAAUCUUUCAAUUUUAGUGACAAAAAAUUGGAUAACAUCAAGAAAUACACAAUCUCGGCGGAGCAGAACCGAAGCGUCGGUGCACAAACCAUUCUUUGGAAGGGAAAACUUUUCUCAAGAGACAAUUUCUGA